UUUAAAUUACCUACACAAAUUAAUUCAAAAGUCAUACAAUCAACAAUAAUGUACUUUAGCACAUCACUGUUUUUGUGCGUGAAACGGUUAACUUGCAGGUCAGGUGUUGUGAUGCAGGACGUUAAGAGAAACAUGUAUCAAUGCCCAAAUCACUCUGUCCGGAUUGACAUUAGGAAUGUUCAGGAAACACUGGUGGUCUGUAGUCCUCGGCUAGACAGUGUUCUGCAUCCCGGGUAGGAUGCCAGUCCAGUAGACCCGGCCAGAUAUACCACCUCACCUAUAUGUGUGUGGAGAUCACAUGGUUUCUGCAUGCUCUCCUCAUGUUCCUGGCGGCACCUGAUCUCGAUUUCUGAAGAACUCAGACGUCAGACGCCUGCUCCCAGCCUACCCAAACGGAGAUUUACCAUGGGAAUUCACAGUCAACCCAGAAGGAUCCCGACUGUAUCCUCAGUUCAGGAUUUAAGUGGUGUGAGGUUUGGGCACAAAUUCCCCAGACGUGGCCUGAAGCUUCUACACUGGCUGGCAAAUGAAUGGAUCGCAUUUGACGGUGAGGGGAAGAUGGUGGCCAAGACACAUCCCAGAACCAGAGAGUUUGGGUUCCACAUCUUCCACAACAUAGAGCAGAUUUUACCAGUGUUACUGGGAAGCCAGAGCUGUUACUUUGAGGUGGGGAACCUGCAUGCCGAUGGUGCUGCUGCUCUUCCCUUCAGUGUGGCCGACACAGGAAGUGAUAAAAGCAACACCGACCGAAUCAUUGUGAGAAUGGACUCAGGUCAGGUGGUUGGCGAGGUUUACAUCACAGAACACACCCCUCACCAGAACAGCUUCAGUUCUGAAUCUACAUACCGCAUCAGCAGAGGCCUGAUCCGAUCUAUACGAGGUUUGGAGGAGAGCGUCUUCCUCCAGUGGGCUGGGUACAUUCCGGGCAUGUAUGAACAUUUCAUGGAGCAGGAGGAAGAGGAGGAAGAGGAUGAACAUCUCAUACCAAAGAACAGUGAAACCGCUGUUAACAUAGGGGAGGAGGAAGAGGAGGAGGAUGGCCGAUCCAGUCGCGAUGAUAGGUGUUGCUGCGUUAUACUGUGA